AUGAAGGAACCCGUCGCCCUCCACCUUCUCCUCGUCUGUCGGCCACUUCUCAUCGUCCUCCCCACCAGCAGCGCCAUCUCCGUCAACUCCUUCCUCGGCGGCGUGCGAUCCCUCGCCUCCCUCUUUGUAUCUUCGUCACCCGGCGUUUGGCAAGAGGAAGAGAGAUGGUUACCCUCCUUUAAUUUCCUUCCCGAUGGCAUGAUUCCCAGGAGGCUGAGAGGUGGCCGCGAUCGGGCGUUCUUCAUCUCCGGCGAAAAGUUCCUUCCGCAGCGAGGAAGAAAGCGUGAUCCGAUGAUCUUCCUCUUCGACUAG